AUGGCAAAUUCGCAUUUGCAAAGAGUGAGAAUUUUGUAUAAAACUAUUCUAAAACUGCAUUGUGGACUUCCGAACGAGUUAAAAGUUUUAGGAACAAAUUACGUCAGAGAAGAGUUCAAAAGGCACAAAAAGUGCAACGUUCAGGAGGCUGAAGUUUUUAUGAAAGAGUGGACGAACUAUGCUAUAACACUUGCUGAACAGCUAGGUUUGAGAGGGCCCCAAACAGGAAGCUCUCUUGGUGCUAAUUUGAGUAAGAGUGACCUCGAGAAAUUUAAGGAUGAUCAGAUCUAUCAGUUGUAUGAAUUAUUGGAAGCUGCGAGGACUAGCAAGAAUUAAAAUAGCGUGAUCAAGGUGGCCUGUGAGGGAAAUUAAGUUGGCAACGACUGAUCACAGUUGCCAACUAAUUUGGGAUUUUUCCCAAUUAGAAACUAGUCAUUUCUUGACUUUUAGUUAUUUUUUUCUAAAUAAAUAAAAGAAAAAAGUUUUAAAAAAUAAGUCAUUUUAUUUAUAGAAAAAUUAUAUUUGUCCUGGUGCUAAUUUGCUUCGGACCGCUUUGCCAAAUUGCUCGGCUCCUGCCUGGUUUGCCUCGCCAUAAUCAGGGAUAGUUAAGGCACAUCGAGCAAGCCAUGAAGCCACAUUUGAAUAUGGUGUAAUGUCCCAACCAACAGC